AUGUUAAUGCAACGACUAUGGAAGGAGAAGAUGAAUUGGGACGAACCGAUUCCUGAUGAUCAGCUGCGCAUCUGGUCCAGAUUACGAUCGGAGCUUUGCGAUAUAAGUGUUCUUAGAAUCGAGCGAGGACUGAAAAUGAAUGGUGCUACGGUGUUCGAACUGCAUGGCUUUGCCGACGCAUCGACGGUAGCCUAUGGCUGCUGUAUCUAUUUGCGAAGUGUGACGGGCGACGGAGGAGUUUCGGUGCGGCUGAUGUGCGCCAAAUCAAAGGUGGCACCAAUAAAGGAACAGCAGCGUGUCGUGGAACCAGCAGCUGAUGCUGUAGAAAUGACAGUUCCGAGACUCGAACUGUGUGCAGCCUUACUCUUAGCAGAACAGAUUAAUAAGGUGCGCGAAGUCCUAGCAACUAAACCUACAAGGGUAGUGCUCUGGACCGAUUCCAGAAUAGUGUUGUGUUGGUUGAAAAGAAUGAACUCUAAAAUUACAGUGUUCGUACGAAAUCGCGUGAAUAAGAUACGACACUUGUCGAUGAACGUUGAAUGGUGUCAUGUAUCUACUAAAAUGAAUCCAGCUGAUUUAGUGUCAAGAGGUCUCUUUCCGAAUGAGCUGAUGAAUUGUGAUCUUUGGUGGACCGGACCCGCUUAUCUACACUCAAACAAGUACGAAAUCAACGCUGAUGUUGUGGAUCCGAACGAGUCCGACGAAUGUGUUCCGGAACAAGUGAUGUCUGUUACUGUUCUGGGAAACAGUGUCUACGAUACUGUCAUUGCCGUUAGUAGCUUUCGAAAGCUGCAGCGUAUUUUUGGUUACAUAAUUAGGCUCCUGUACAAUUGCCGAGCCCGGCAACGCAAUCAAUCUCGACGUGACGGAUGGCUGACCAGCGUCGAACAUCGCGACGCCUUGUAUGCCAUGGUUUAUGUUGUGCAGUGGCAUGAAUUCUACGAAGAUAUUAGUCGUUUACAAAAACAGCAACCUGUGAGCAAGAUGCUAAGAAAUUUGAAUCCAAUUUAUGAUGAUGACGAAAGACUUCUGAGAGUUGGUGGUCGAAUCAAACAUUCGAACUUACCAAAGGAUCAGAAACAUCCGAUGAUACUGCCAGCAAACCACCACUUCACGAAUAUCCUUGUUGAAACAUUACACCGAGAGCAUCUACAUGUAGGUUUGGACGGACUCUUAGCGGUGGUGAAGCAGCGAUUUUGGCCAAUUCACGCCAAGAGGACGAUUCAUCGUGUACUCAGGAAGUGCAUUACUUGUUUUCGAGCAAGACCUAGAGAUGUAGUACAGUAUAUGGGAGAUCUACCAAGUUUUCGCGUGAUCGCAGCAGAACCUUUCGCGAGAACGGGCGUUGAUUACGCAUGGCCGUUCCUCUUGAAGGUUGGACGUUCUAGAACGAAACUGAAAUCCUAUGUCAGUCUGUUUGUGUGUAUGGUUACUAAGGCCGUGCAUCUGGAAUUGGUGACCUCACUCAGUGCAGAUGGCUUUCUUGCGGCUCUUCAUCGAUUUGCAGGGCGACGUGGAAAUCCAUCAGAGAUUUUUUCGGAUAACGGCACCAAUUUCCGUGGAGCCAAUCGACAAUUAACAGAACUAGCAGAGCUUUUGAAAUCUCAAGUCCUUGAGCAGCGUGUCGGUGAGUUUUGCCAACCACGAGGAAUCUCUUGGAAAUUUAAUCCUCCAAGGGCCCCUCAUCAAGGGGGUUUAUGGGAGGCCAACGUGAAGUGUAUGAAAACUCAUCUGUACAAGGUACUGAACGAAAGCUAUCUAAGUUAUGAGGAAAUGAAUACGUUGUUAAUACAAGUGGAGGCCAUAUUGAACUCAAGGCCGCUUGUUCAAUUAACCGAUGAUCCUGUAGAUUAUGAGGCCUUAAGUCCAGGUCAUUUUCUUAUUGGGCGCGAACUAACUGCCGUAGCAGAACCGAUCUACGAACAUUUGAAGGAAUCGAGCCUCUCACGGUACCAAAUGGUGCAAAAGCGGAAGCAAUGUUUCUGGCGCAGAUGGUCAAAUGAAUAUUUGACUAGCCUUCAAAGGCGAAGCAAGUGGUACAAGAAUCCUACACUGCUGCGAAAGGGAUUGUUAGUCAUCUUGAAGGAAGAUAACAUGCCUUCUCAAACAUGGCGAAUGGGACGGAUCGUUGAAACUUUUCCUGGUAAGGACGGCAUUACGAGAGUAGUUGAAGUGCGCACGAGCAAUGGGAUUUAUCGUAGGCCAACUACGCAGAUAGCAGUACUGCCAGUUAACGAUGAAUUACAGAAUGUGAAGGAUGAGCAGAGUUGA